AUGUUUUGCAGGUCCGCUAUUCUUGUUGCUAUCGCCGUUGCCGACCUGGCUUUUAGUGCCACCAUCGAGAUCGUGGCCCAGGCGGCUUAUGAUAAACCGGAUCCAUUGGAGUUUGCUCCCAAUGAAAUCAUCGCUGCGGUGGGUGAUGUUCUUGAGUUCCACUUCGCCGGCCCUGGCACCGGCGUGCUGGGCAGCAACCACUCUGUCGCCCAGGGCGACUUCGAGAAUCCAUGCAACCCGGCACCUAACGGCUUCUUCUCUGGCUAUAUGGCUGUUAAUGCAACGUCCACGGAGGCGGACAUGGUCUUUCGAGUUCCCGUCACAUCGACCGACCCGAUGGUCUUCUAUUGCACCCAGGGCACGCAUUGCACCCGAGGCAUGCACGGCGUUGUCAAUGGCGCCGACGAUCAAACACUACAAUCCUAUCGUCGCAGCAUCACCGUCAACAGAAACGCAGUGGCCCCGAACACCACCGGUGGCGGUGAGAUGGUUCCGAACAAUAUCUCUAGAAUUUUACCGGCGGAGACCCCUGGCGCGGCCUGCUCGGCCAAGGCUUCUCUCGUCUUGAUUUUGGUUGGUCUUGGUCUUGCUCUGCUCAUAGCUCAGUGA